UUCACUAUAGAAGAUUACGAAAUGCAAAUUGUGCAGUCAGUAUAUGAAAACCGUGUGACCAUUGUCAUUGGGCCCACAGGCUCGGGUAAGACUUCGCUGAUUCCGUGCUUUCUGCGCAAAGCUGGAUUUGGUUCACGCCUGGCGUAUAGCGGUCGCUUCAAGUACAAGUUAAUCGGCUGCACUCAGCCGCGACGCAUAGCUGCGAUAAGCCUUGCCUCGCGCGUUGCAGCUUUGCGCAACUGUUCGCUUGGGUCUGAGGUUGGCUACAGCAUUCGGUUCGCAGACAAAACGUCAUCUGAGACCCGAAUUAGGUUCAUGACCGACGCAUACUUGCUGCGUGAGUUAUUGGGCGGGUCUUCGUUUGACGCGUAUGACGUCAUUAUCGUGGACGAGGCGCACGAGCGGGGCGCUUCAACAGACAUAUUGGUGUAUCUUGCCCGAGAAGCGCUUCGCAAGAACAUAGCUCUUAAAAUCAUCAUUUGCAGCGCCACGCUAGACAUCGAAGUCUUUUCGAACUACUUCCAAGAUGCUAACGUGAUCAAACUGUCCGGCAGAACACACCCGAUCCGCUUGCAACACCUCAAUGCGACCCCGGAAGACUUUGUGAUGAGCUCGGUUGAGGAAGCGCUGAAGUUUCACCUCAGCAAGCCGUUUGCGGCAACUUCUGGUGCUGAGGACAUUCUUGUGUUCUUAACGGGCGUCGAGGAGAUCUAUGCUUUUUGCCAUCACUUCUGCGCGCUAGUGCGACAGCUGUGCAGUAGUAAGAAGAACUUUCAGUUCGAGCCCAUCGCGCUCAUACCGCUGUACAGCUCUAUCGUGUCUGACGUCAAACCGGCCCUCGAGCACGGGUUCAAUACACGAAAGUGCAUUGUUUCCACCAACGUAGCCGAGGCUUCGUUGACCAUUCCGCACCUGUACCUAGUUAUUGAUUCAGGCUUUUGCAAAAAGCAUGUGCACUAUCGCAGACUGCGCUGCUCCGCUUUGCGCAUUGAGCCAAUCACGCAGAGCAACGCGCUGCAGCGCAUGGGUCGCGUUGGCAGGACGUGUCCCGGAGAGUGCUUGCGACUCUACUCUGCCGGAGACUUUGAUAAUUUCGAAGAAAACAUCGAGCCCGAAUUGACGCAGUGCACUUUGGACAGCUAUGUGGUCAUGAUGAGUUCUCUGUGUAGCAGACUAAUACACGAGCUUGAUUUGCCCACUGCCGUCUCGGUGGAGUCUUCGGUGUUCAGCUACUACUCGCUCUACUUGAUCGGCGUCUUCAACAGUCAAGGUGGACUGAGCGGCGUCGGGGCUCUCGUUGCAAAGCUGCCGCUCGAGCCGGCGCUCGGCCGCUUCAUUGUGGCCGCCGCUUUGUUCGGUUGUGCCGAGCAGGCCAUAAGCAUCGCUGCAAUUAUGCAAGUCCCAGAGCUUUUCACGUCUCGCGCGAACGGCGCGGACGAUGCAGCGCGCAACCGCUUUUGCCACCCGUUAAGCGACCACUUAACUGCGCUCAAUGUGUACACGCAGUGGCUUGCGAGUGGUUCAUCGAAAGAGUUCUGCUUGGAGCACAAGUUAAACUACUACUCACUGACAAUAAUCCAGCAGCCACUUCCAAAUCAUGAUGGUUAA